UUGGCGCUCAACUCAUCCGGUGUCGAAGUCCAAAAUCCCGCAGCGCGUGAACGAUGGCAGAGAAACGGGACCUGAUCGUCCGGUGCAUCAGAACUUUCAACGAUUUCCCAACGAAAGGGAUUCCGUUCAAGGAUAUUUUUCCCAUCCUGAAGAAUCCACAGGCUCUGACUGCUGUCAUAGAUCUGUUUGAGGAAUAUGUGAGAAACACACACCCUCAGGUGGAUCUUAUAGUGGGACUUGAUGCUCGAGGAUUCUUGUUCGGGCCGCUGCUGGCUCAGAGAUUAGGGAUAGGAUUUGCUCCCAUCAGAAAGAAAGGGAAGCUGCCCGGGCCCACGAUAUCAGUCUCUUACAGUCUGGAGUAUGCAAAGGCUGAGGCGGAGAUGCAAGAAGAUGCCGUGUCUGCAGGACAGAAGGUCCUGAUCAUAGAUGACCUGUUGGCCACGGGCGGAACCCUGCAGGCAGCGUAUGAGCUGGUGAAACAGCAGCAGGCCGAGGUUCUGGCCUGUCUGGUGGUGGUUGAACUCAAGUAUCUCAAUGGAGCCGACAAACUGAAAACAACCACUGUGUUUUCUCUUGUACAAUACUGAGAGCAAAGUUAUUCUAGCGUUAGUCCAUAUUGUACAGAUGCGUUUUUUUCUAUAAUGUUUCAGUUAAUGUGCAGCUGUAAGCAUUUGUUUGUGUGACCACGAGGUGAGAAUUUUCAGAAGCUUUGCAACAAUCGCAUACAAUUUUACUGGAAGCAACUGGCUGAAAAAAUACUUUUCCAAAUGCAGAAAUGCAGAAACUCCUCAGAAGUAGAAUCAAGCAGGAAGUACUGCAUUUUGGCAACAUGUUUUUAAUUUUCCUGUGCGAUUGUAAUGUAAAAGAUGUAGAGCUACAAAGGUGCCUUGUGUGUACAAAACUCAUGAAGUUACAUCAUUGUUUGCAUGAACUUAUUUUUUUGUUUAUUGUACAUUUUGAAGCACGCUGUCAAACUCGAACAUCUUGUUGACCUGAGAUUUACAUUUUUACAGAUGCAAAAUGUGCAAGAUCUUCCCAGACCUCGACAUUUACACCAACAGAAAUUCCUUCAAUAAAAUCUUCAACGGACAUUAAAAACAGUCUUUUGUAAACACCUAAACUCGGAUCUAACAUGCAAAACUAAAUUUCUCGCAGUCUAAAAGAUCAAAUUCAGGUACGAUCCAGA